AUGAAGCUGCUCCAUGGACUGAUCCUGGCUGUGUCUGUCCUGGUUCUGGCUGCAGGACACAGUGUGGAAUCUGGAUGUCUGGACUUUAACUUUGAUUUGAGGGACUCCAGUAUAAAGUGCUGUAAGAAGUGUAAACCAGGAAACCGUCUUGUCGCUACUUGUGGUCCAGAUCCAAAUGCUUUGUGUACUCCGUGUGAAACAGACAACUUUAUCACUGAUGGAAACCCAUGGGUGUGCAAGAUAUGUGAUAAGUGUUCAGGUAAAAACAGGCAGGUGAAGGUGAACUGCACCGCCAGCAGCGACACAGUUUGUGAGUGUAAACCGGGAUAUCGAUGUGCUAAUGACAAAUGCUCUAGAUGCAUUGAAGAGUGUGGCAAGGGACACCAGCCCAGUGCAACAGGCUGUGAGCCAUGUCCUCCAGGGACGUACAAUGACAAGAUCCAUCAAUACUGCAUAAACUGGACCAAAUGUACGAAGCCAGACCAUCAAAUAAUAGUGCCUGGAAAUGCAUACACAGAUGUAAUCUGUGGCCCUAAACCAGACCCCAAACCAACAGUGUUGCCUGCAAGUGACACGGAAAGUGAGGUCACUGUUAUUCUCAUCAUCUUUGGGCUCAUCAGCAUAGCAAUACCUGUUGCUACAAUCCUCUUCCUGGAGUGGAGAAGAGGAAAGGCCACUCAGAAACCCCAUGUUGAAAAGGAAACUCAUGCAGCAGGAGGACAGACUCAAAUGUCUCUUCUUGAUGAACCCAGCUUCUGUUUUCCGCAGCAGGAACACGGCGGUAGCUGUCCAGACCAUCCUUACAUCCCACUGCCCGUUCAUUUUGAAAAGCAACAGUAUCGGUCACAUUAG